AUGGAUCAUUCUGCACUUACAUUUCGCCCCAAGGAAAGCUCUUCUGUCCCUCACAGACAGACAUCGAAUGCUACUCAGCCACGAUUGCCUGAAAUCGAUGAAUAUACCACCUUGGCAGUCGGAACCUCUAGCACAGUCAAACAAUCUAUCGGUACCUCAAGCGUUGUUGGCGCAAACUGUGGAGCCUCUGCCUACGCCGUAGAUUCCACUGGCGCACUCUUAUCGUCUCUCACGCUGAGCCCACUAGAAUUUACCAAAGCAUUAUCUGGACAACCAAUCUCGGUCAGAAUACCUUUUACCAACGCUAUCUGUAAAUCUUGGUGUGAAUAUACAACGCAGUAUUUAACCUACGAUCCUACAAUAGGCAUGCAAGUCUUACCGAUCCCAAUAGGUCUAUUGGCUGAAUUUAUCGUCCAAGAAGGCAUCAAAGCGGAUACGCCCCUACAGCAGCUCGCUAAUGUCUAUUUGGUUAAAUACUCUUGCUAUGAAGAAGGAUCUCGUGAAUCUGGAGUUGUGAAAAUGGUUUGGGAGUUCAUUCAGAGACGUUUACAUCAAUGA